CUUUUAUAAUCCUUUAAAAGAAAUUUUGUUUGACAACUAUUUUUUUAUUUUUAAAAUUUUUAAAAAGUUUUAUGUAUGUAGUAAAAUUUUUAAAAUAAAUUUCUAUAGCUAAAAGUAGACCGACUUUUAUUUUUGGCUUAUUGAGCCAAACGGGUCAGCCUCUGGUGUAAAAGCUACUUGGAUUUGUGUCAAUUUGAUAACAUCCUUGACCCAAAUUUAACACACAUUGUUUUCUUCAUCACAUCGGUAUAUCAGUUGCAAGAAAUUGAGAUCGAUCAUGACAUUUCCAAAUUCAAAAAUAUUCCAUCUGAUCAAACCGUAACCACAAGCCAAAAACCAGGAGGAUAUAUAAAGACCUGUGUCGAGGCUAACAUGGAUGCAUGCAUCUCCUCUCUCCAUUUCAACGUGUUCCAUUACAAUCUCUCUCUGUUAGUAUAAAUUUUCUUCCGAAGAUCCAGACAAGAUGAAUGAUGAUGAAUCAGCAAACAUGCAGACAGAAAUCCAUAAAGAUAUUGCGAGUAUUGUUGUAUCUAUAGUCCCAUUGUUCAUGCUCCUAUGGACCAUCUAUACUGGCUCCAAGUUUGCUACCAAACCUAAUACACAUGGAAGAUAUAACUGCUACACUUUCUCAAUUGGAGUUUUCACUGUUGUGCUAGGCUUGACAUAUAUUAUCAUGGGGCUUGCAAUUGUAGCUGAUUUGGCACUAAAUUUGACAGGUCGGCUGCAGCGAGAGGAGAAAAAAAUCGACAUCCAGCAAGAUCUGACUAAGAUGAUUGAUGGAGCAGCAAAGGAUAGAAAGACAAUCUGCAAAGAUAUUGCCCUCUUCAUUGUGACUGUGGUCUCAAUAUUGCUGCUCGUGUGGACAAUUUGCACUGGAUUUAGGCUUGCAACAGAACCAAGAAUAGAUGGAAAAUAUAACCACUUAGCUUUCUUGAUUGGGGUUGUCACGAUUGCCUUUGGUUCAAUAUAUUUCAUCAUUGGGCUAGCAAUAGUUGCAGACUUGGCACAAAAUUUGUCACACAAGUUAAAGCAAAUGGACAAGAAGAAGGAAGCAGUUAUUUAUAGUUGUACCCACGCAGAUGAUAACUAUACUGUUUGAGAUUACUCUUACAGAAUAUACUUUGUUUUUUAUAUAUGUUAUAAUGAUGUUAGAAAAAAUUAUAAUUUUACUUUUUUUCUUUUAAUUAAAAUUAUACUUUUAAGAAACUAUAUUCGAAGCACUAUAUUAUGAUUUUAUGCUGAGAAAUAUCCAAUUUUUUUAUUCUAAAUAAUUAAGAGGGCAACAGAAAUCCUCUCCCAAGAAAAGUCUGAUGGUAUAGUUAUUUGUCUGCAUUAUGUUUUGAAGAGGUAAACUAAGAGUUAAGGUCACUCUGAUUUGAAACCAUGCAAAGACUCUUCAAAAAAUCAAACAUUGGAUAAAAACAUUCAGGAGAGAUUGGAUAUGGUUAAAAAAGAAGAGGAUAUUGCACCAAUCAAGGACCGAUAGACGGUUGCCUGAGAUUCAUUGGUUACAAGCAACUGAUACCAUGAAACACAAUAAUCAAAAUGGUUUUAUUCAUUUGAUGGUGCCACAAGGAAAAGAGUAAUGAAAAAGAAAUUGACGUGGAAAAAUGAGGGGCCAUUUACUCAUGAUAUUUCAUAAUUUAUGACUGUAUUCAGAGUAUCUUUAGAUGAAUGGAACAAAAGUUCUCGUAGCUGAUUUGGCUCAAAAGUACAACAAUUUCCAAUAGUUAGAGCAUCUCCAAUCCUUCAUCUUUGCUGUAAUCAAAUUUAAUACUCAAAAAUCAUAUCCAAUCCUUUCAUCAAAUGUUCAUCAAAUUGGGAACUCGUCCAAUCCUUCAUCAAAUUUGAAUGUUAUGUAAAUUUAAAAAGAUGAAGCAUUGGGAUGAUUUUUUCCCCAUCAAAUUUUGAUGAAAAGAGAAAUUUGGGAUAAGAGUUGAAUUUUUUAAAAGAUUUUGAUGAAAUUGAUGAAAGGAUUGUAGUUAAUAUCAAAUCAAAUCAAAUUAGAUGAAAUUUUUGGUGAAGGGUUGGAGAUUGCCUUACUUCACAAAUUAGCCCAAACCAGUAAGGAUGAACUAAAUAAUCAAAAACUUCUACACAAAAAUUUCCAAUUAAGCUUUUUUGUUUCUUAACCAGAGUAAAAUUUCUUCAUAAUCACUACUUCCACUCUGUUGUUUGGAUCAUGAGGGGAGGUGAGGAAAAAAAAAAAAUGAUUAUGGUUUCUCAUCCCACCUAUCCAAACAUGUUUGGAAUGUUUGGAUAGAGUAAGACAAAGGUAAAGAAAGUGUUAUGGUUUCUCACCAUUGGAUGAAUAAAAUCCAAUCAUGUUUGGAUAAAGUAACUAAGACAAAAGAAAAGAAGGUAUUUUAUUUUAUUUUACAAAAAUAAGCUUUCAUAUUAAUAAAUUAUGUUUUUUUUAUAAGGGUAAUUUUAAUAUUUUAAACAAGUUUCAUUAAACCUAAUUCUUUUCUCAACAAAUCUCACCAAAGUGGUGAGAAACAAAACACAGAUUUAGGUGGUCUCAACAGCAU